AUGGCGGCUACUGAAUUGGCUUCAGAGUCGGGGUUGCAGGAGCUGGAUGAAGUGAAGGAUGGUACUGGAACUGGGAAAUGGGAGCCUGACCCAACAGGUACCAAGAGCUGCCUUGACAAGGAAGAAGUUCUUCAGUACUGCCAGGAGAUCUAUCCAGAGCUGCAGAUCACAAAUGUGAUGGAAGCAAACCAGCCAGUCAGUAUUGAUGGCUGGUGCCGAAGGGACAAAAAACAAUGCAAGAGUCACAUCGUCAUUCCAUUCAAGUGUCUUGUGGGUGAGUUCAUUAGUGAUGUUCUGCUGGUUCCAGAAAACUGCCAGUUUUUCCACCGAGAGCGGAUGGAGGUGUGUGAGAAGCACCAGCGUUGGCACACCGUAGUCAAGGAGGCAUGUCUGACUGAGGGGAUGACCUUAUAUAGCUACGGCAUGCUGCUGCCUUGUGGGGUAGACCAGUUCCACAGUACCGAGUAUGUGUGCUGCCCUCAGACAAAGAUUGUUGACUCUGACUCUACUAUGUCCAAAGAGGAGGAGGAAGAGGAGGAGGAGGAGGAAGAGGAAGACUAUGAUCUUGAUAAAAGUGAAUCUCCUACUGAAGCAGAUUUGGAAGACUUCACAGAAGCAGCUGCAGAUGAGGAGGAUGAGGAUGAGGAGGAAGGGGAAGUGGUGGAAGACCGUGAUUACUACUAUGACUCUUUUAAAGGAGACGACUACAAUGAGGAGAACCCAACUGAACCCAGCAGCGAUGGCACUAUUUCAGACAAGUACAUUGCUCACGAUGUGAAAGUUCCCCCAACUCCCCUGCCAACCAAUGAUGUUGAUGUGUAUUUUGAGACCUCAGCGGAUGAUAACGAGCACGCCCGCUUUCAGAAGGCUAAGGAACAACUGGAAAUUCGGCAUUGCAAUCAAAUGGAUAGGGUAAAGAAGGAAUGGGAAGAGGCAGAGCUUCAAGCCAAGAACCUCCCCAAAGCAGAGAGACAGACCCUCAUUGCACUCAUUCAGCACUUCCAAGCUAUAGUUAAAGCUUUAGAGAAGGAAGCAGCCAGCGAGAAGCAGCAGCUUGUGGUAACUCACUUGGCCCGAGUGGAAGCCAUGCUGAAUGACCGCCGGCGGAUAGCUCUGGAGAAUUACCUGGCUGCUCUGCAGCCUGACCCACCUCGGCCACAUAGUAUUCUGCAAGCUCUGCGUCAUUACGUCCGUGCUGAGAAUAAAGAUCGCCUACAUACCAUUCGUCAUUACCAGCACGUGUUGGCUGUUGACCCAGAAAAGGCUGCCCAGAUGAAAUCCCAGGUGAUGACACACCUCCAUGUAAUUGAAGAAAGAAGGAACCAAAGCCUUUCUCUAUUGUACAAAGUUCCUUAUGUGGCUCAAGAAAUCCAGGAGGAAAUCGAUGAGCUCCUUCAGGAACAGCGAGCAGAUAUGGACCAGUUCACCUGCUCCAUCUCAGAGAGCCCUGUAGAUGUCCGGGUGAGCUCUGAGGAGAGUGAGGAGAUCCCGCCGUUCUAUCCUUUCCACCCCUUCCCAUCUCUGUCUGAGAAUGAAGGAUCUGGAAUGGUAGAGCAAGACGGGAGAGGGAGCAAGGAUGGGAGGAUGAACCUGGGAAGAAUGGAAAGUGAGUGUGACCAGGGUUCAUUCUAUAAACCAGAAGCCUCUCCCACGUUCCUGGAGCAAGAAGGGCAGUGUGGACUAAGUCAGCCUGUCAGAGUGACGAGGCUCUCCACCUUGGCAAGUGAGAUUAGUCUAAAUCAAAUACUUCCCAGCUUGCCAAUUGCAACUAAUUCCCUUGAGGGAGUACAAGAGCUACGCGAAGCGUUUGGAAUAAUCAAAGGAUCUAAGCUGCCAGGCUUUGCAAGCCGUGAGCUGAAAUCCUUAGGCAACAAACAAGAGUGGCUUAUAGCUGCCUGUGUGCAGACUGUGGGCUGUGGAAGAGGCAGGCUCAGAGGCUGGCGCAACUUGUGUGCCUCCUGGAUGGCUGCUGACAGGGAGCACCCACCCCUGCUGCACACUUAG